AUGCCGAUGCUCCAAGACCCCUCAAAGAAGUAUAAGAGGUUCCCGCCUCUGCACCUUCCCGACAGGCAAUGGCCCAACAACACCAUUGACAAGGCCCCUCGAUGGCUGUCGACAGAUCUCCGUGAUGGGAACCAGAGCUUGGUGGACCCCAUGAACGGUGAUGAGAAAUGGCGCUACUUCGAGAUGCUCGUCGACCUCGGGUACAAGGAAAUCGAAGUUUCUUUCCCUUCCGCCUCCAAGACCGAUUUCGGCUUCACAAGACGUUUGAUCGAGACACCCGGAACGGUACCCGAUGAUGUUUGGCUUCAAGUUCUGUCGCCCUGCAGAGAGGAGCUCAUCAAGCCUACUGUUGAGGCUGUGAGGGGAGCUAAGAAGGCCAUUAUCCACAUCUAUCUCGCCACUAGCGAAUGCUUCCGGCGCGUAGUGUUUGGCUUUACCCCGGAAGAGAGCCUGGCCUUGGCCGUACGCUGCACCAAGCUCGUGCGCUCCCUGACCAAGGAUGAUCCUACCCAGCAGGGAACCGAGUGGGCAUUCGAGUUCAGCCCCGAGACUUUCUCUGAUAGCGAGCCGGAUUUCGUAGUACAGGUAUGCGAGGCCGUAAAGGCCGCGUGGGAGCCCACCGAACAGAACCCCAUCAUCUUCAAUCUCCCCGCGACGGUCGAGAUGUCUACCCCCAACGUCUAUGCCGACCAGAUCGAGUACUUCUGCCGCAACAUCACCGAGCGAGAGAAGGUGUGCGUAUCUCUGCAUCCUCACAAUGAUCGUGGUUGCGCCGUCGCCGCCGCUGAGCUUGCCCAGAUGGCCGGAGCCGACCGAGUUGAGGGCUGCUUGUUUGGAAAUGGCGAGCGCACUGGAAAUGUGGACCUCGUCACUCUCGGCCUCAACCUCUACACCCAGGGCAUCCACCCCAACAUUGAUUUCUCCGAUCUGAACGCAGUCAUCGAUACCGUAGAGGUCUGUAACAAGAUUCCGGUACACCCCCGUGCGCCCUACGAUAUUGGCCGUACAUACGAGGCCAUUAUCCGCGUCAACUCCCAGAGCGGCAAGGGUGGGGCUUCGUGGAUCAUCUUGAGAAAGCUCGAGCUCGACCUACCCCGCGGCCUCCAAGUCGUUUUCUCCAACAUUGUGCAACAAAGAGCGGACCAGCUCGGACGCGAGCUCUUGUCUGCGGAGAUCACGGAACUCUUUGAGCAGACGUUCCACCUCAAUGGCAACCCCCACUUCAAUAUCGUCGACUAUUCCAUCGCGCCCGACCGCUCUAAGUCGCCUGCCCCUCCCGAGCCUGGUAAGACCCAGGACACCAAGGAUCUCAUGCGUGUCUUUGAGGGUGUAGUGGUCAUGGAUGGCCAAGAGCAGAAGCUCCGUGGCCGCGGCAAUGGUCCCAUCUCCAGCCUGGCCGACGCUCUUAGGACUGUUGGUAUCGAUUUGGACGUCAAGGAGUACAAAGAGCACUCCAUUGGCGGCGGACGAGAUGUCAAGGCUGCAUCCUACAUCGAAUGCACCUCUCCGGACGUUGGAGGUAGUGUCUGGGGUGUUGGUAUCCACCAGGACGUAGUUCAGAGCUCACUGAUUGCCUUGCUCAGCGCCGCAUCUAUUCUCAGGCAAAAGAAGCCCACGGGCCCCGCCAUCGUGAAGCCGGUACCGCAACGAUCCCUGAGCCAGGACCUCAAGGCUCCUGUGGAUGUUGCCGACUCGAGCAACGGUGCGACUACUGUGCCCUCGAUUGUAGCGGCCUUGGAAGAGCAAGUAAAUGGAUCGCAGUAA